CUGGGAUCUUCGUCUCUGUCAGGCUCCUGGGUAUCAUGCCUUGUUUUAAGCAGCCUAAGCAUUUCCAGAGUCUCAUACUUCUGCAUUGGCCCUUGAGCUACCUUGCCUUAUUUUGGAUCGUGCAGCCAUUGUUCAUUUACCUGCUAUUUACAUCCUUGUGGCUACUACCAGCCCUUUACUUUGCCUGGCUUUUCCUGGACUGGAAGACCCCAGAACAAGGUGGCAGGCGAUCCACCUGGGUAAGGAACUGGUAUGUCUGGACCCAGAUCAGGGACUAUUUCCCCAUCACGAUCCUGAAGACUAAAGACCUGUCACCUGAGCACAACUACCUCAUGGGGGUUCAUCCCCAUGGCCUCUUGACCUUUGGCGCCUUCUGCAACUUCUGCACUGAGGCCACAGGCUUCUCGAAGAUCUUCCCAGGCAUUACUCCCCACUUGGCCACGCUAUCCUGGUUCUUCAAGAUCCCCUUGAUUAGGGACUACCUCAUGGCCAAAGGUGUGUGCUCCGUGAGUCAGCCAGCCAUCGACUACCUGCUGAGCCACGGCACUGGCAACCUUGUGGGCAUUGUAGUGGGAGGGGUGGGUGAGGCCCUGCAAAGUGUGCCCAACGCCACCACCCUCAUCCUCCAGAAGCGCAAAGGGUUUGUGCGCACUGCCCUCCAGCAUGGGGCUCAUCUGGUCCCUACCUUUACUUUUGGAGAAACUGAGGUGUAUGAGCAGGUACUAUUCGAGAAGGACAGCUGGAUGUAUAAGUUUCAGAGCUGUUUCCGCCGUCUCUUUGGUUUCUAUUGCUGUGUCUUCUACGGACGAGGCUUCAGCAGAGGCUCUGCUGGGCUCCUGCCAUAUGCACUGCCUAUCACCACCGUGGUCGGGGAGCCUCUGCCAGUGCCCAAGAUUGAGAAGCCGAGCCAGGAGAUGGUGGACAAAUACCACACACUCUAUAUGGAAGCCCUGCACAAACUGUUUGACCAGCACAAGACCCUGUUGGGCUGCUCAAAGACCCAAAAGCUGCUUUUCUUGUGACUGAAGAAGCUGAGUGCCUCAAAGAGGAGACUCAUUUGC